UAGUCUUGUACGACUUGCAACGAUCUGGCGGGCCUGCGGUUUUCGGAGAAGACCGAGUCAUGUGCGCGUCAUAAUAGAGGCAAAUAACGCGCUACGCGCCGCGUUGAGUGCGAGUUCGCGCGAGACAGAGUGCAGACUGCAUGCUGACGCCUCCAUCGGACACGUCGAGAGACGCGAGCCCCUAUCGUUUCAGCACCCCCGAGGGUCUGCGCAACCUACGUGGCAUCCUCCGCCCUCUCCUUCCUUUUGAUCCGCAUGACUAUCAGCUCGAGGGUGUCGCGAAGUCGCUGGACGGCAUCGACUUGCUUGCAGUACUGGCUACUGGUUCGGGAAAGACUGCUUUCUUUACUAUGUACAUUCUAGCUCUUCAGGCUCUAAUCAAGAACCCUCACCUCUGCACCCCUCCUAAGAAGAAUAUUCCUGACGAUCCUUGCCUUAUAAUGUGUUUCCCGACUAUCAGCCUCGAAGAAGAAAUGAGUACAACUUUCAGUAAUUUGGGCAUAUCUGCCCUAGUAAUCAAUAGUCGAACGUCCACGGAUGCACAUAAGCACGGCGGGAACAUCUGGACAUCAGCAUACAGCGGCUAUGCUGUCUUGUUGCUCUCACCGGAGAUGCUAUCGACGAAAGGUUUCCAGUCGCUCGUCGAGAGCUCCGCUUUCUCACGGAGAAUCUGCGGCUUUGGUGUCGACGAAGUCCACUUACUCAAGUCUUGGGGUGCACAGUUCCGCCCUUGCUUCCAACAGCUGGGCUACGUUCUCGCACGGCUGCCAAGUCGUACUGCGCUCAUCCUCUGCACUGCGUCGCUGGCGGCAGGCACGGAUACAGCCGAGAUUUGCCGGUUUUUCGGGCUCAAGCAUGGUGCAUUCCACUUCCUUCGUCGUUCAAAUCUUCGCCCCAACAUCCGCAUCAUCUUCCGCACUCUCACAGCGGGUCUUGGUGGAUCCGUCUUCCCGGACCUUGCGUGGACUGUCAAGAGCGGGCGGAAAACACUCAUAUACUGCCCGACCAUCAAUCUCGGCUCUCGAGUCAUCAAGUAUCUUCACCGCUUACUCCCACCAACAACCAACACACGCGCCUUCGUCCGUAGGUACAACUCGCUCAACUGGCCAGAAUACAAUGCGGAGACGCUUCGACUCUUCUCGGAGAGCACGGGACCCAGCAGAUGCUCGAUAGUCAUCUCCACCGACACCCUCAUGGUUGGUGUGAAUCUCCCGCGAGUUGAAGACGUUGUGACACUAGUCCUGCCCGAGAGCGUUGAUGAGCAGUGUCAAAAGCUCGGGCGUUUGAACCGCGAUGGGACCAUCAAGGACGCGCGAGGCAUCGUGUACGUGACUAAAACGGAAGUCAAGCACGCGCAUGCGGUGAUAGAAGGCAAGAAGGUGACGGAGAACGGGAAGCGUGUCCCUGCGAAGAUGGGCCUGGAUAUGGCAAGGAUGAUCCUUGCGCCUUGCAAGGCAGCGGAGCAAAAUCGGCUCUACGACAAUCCCCCAUCUGACCCAUCUUGCUCCUGCGAGACUUGCUCACGCCGCCCCCGCCCGCCAACCCCGCUAGCGUGCAAGUGCAGUGGGUGCGUCCCUGAAGACGGUCAGCUACAGCCCACCCGUAUGAAGAAGCGAGCCCCUGCUCCGAAAGGCACGAAGCUCAGCAAGUCGAUGGUCCUUGUGGGCAAGGCGCGUCUCUGUGCCCUGCGCGAGAAUCUGUACACUGCUGCGCCUGCUCUAGAGGCGUCCCUCUUUCCUGCCGUCCUGUACCUCCCAGACCCUGUCAUUACCAGCAUACUCGAGUCGUUCAAGACCCUCCAUACACAACAAGAUCUCGCCCAUCUGAUCGCCGGCAACCCGUAUGUCGAGCGACAAUGCAACAAGAUCUGGGAGGUCAUUGUCGAGCUACGCAGUGUCUUUGAGACAAUGGCGAAGGACGAAGAUCGCGAACGCGCGAUACACAACUUGCUCAUUGACGACGAGCGAGUGGGUGAGGAGCCUGAUGCUGAUGGAGACAAGAUCAAUUCCGAGAAUGAGACUGAGAUGUCACAGGAGCUCCGUCCACGUCCUGAAAGGCCGAUUUUGAAUGCAAUCGAGAACACUUCCCGUGGGGAUCAAGGUUGGGCCAUGAACUCGCUGGCCCGGGGAGUCGGAUGCGAAACAUUGAUGCAGGAACAGCGAGCGUCGCCCGAGGUGGUACGGCAACUCGUGUCGGUGCCCAAGGCGGUACAGCGAGCGUCGCCCGAGGUGGUACAGCGAGCGUCGCCCGAGGUGGUACAGCGAGCGUCACCCGAGGCGGUACCGCGAGCGUCACUCGAAGCAUUAGAGACAUUCGUGGCCAACGAUGUCUUCCGUGCAGGACUGCGGCAUGAAAGGUGA